AUGGCUGCAAAGAAGCGUGCGCCGACGCUCGCGCCGGGUGACGGCAGGAAAAGAGAUUGGCCUGCGAUCCUUUCUCACAUAGAGCUGGAGUGGGUCACAGAAAAAAGCGAUUGUGAUCGGAGUGCCAACAAGGAUGGCGACACCGUAGCCUUCAAGCACAAAGGAUUCAUCGCAGAACUUCCUAAGGGCAAGACUCGCGAUGCACAGGGCCAUGAGCUUCAGGUUGGUAUGCAGAUGGACUCAAACAUCCUACCUGAAACCAAGGAAGACAAGCCGCUGGAGUUCAUGCUGGGCACCCCCAAAUUGAUCGUAGGAAUGGAAGCCGUGCUGCGCACGAUGUGUGAAAACGAAAAGGUCAGGGCCAAGAUCCCUGGGCCACUCGCUUACAACUCUCGCGCGGGCUUCCUGCCCUACGAUACUGUAGUCCUGUACGAGAUGGAGAUGGUGCAAGUGACACGAGGCAACGGGCUGCCAGCGCCGGAAAGCCCAACACCGAUGGCACCUGUGAGCGCUGGCGCAGCUACAUGGAAGUUGGUGCUGGCCUUGCUCACAAUGCUGGGCCUAGUUUUCGGAGGUAUUGCCUUCCUUAUGAGGGGAGGCGAGAAGUCCUUGAAGAGCAAGGAAUCAAAGACGUCGAAGAAGGAGGGCAAGAAGAAGAGAUGA